UAUAAUCUAGGGCGACUUUGUCCACAUGUCACUUGGGGCAAUUGCUGCGGGUCUUUAGGCGCUGGAUGAGCGAUCCAAGGAUCUAAACGAAUUGCGGCAGCAUUUCGACCGAUUUCGAGCCAUGGACAUCAAGACGCUCGAGGAGCUCGUCGCAGACGGCGAUUCUAGCCUGGAGAACAAGAAGGAGGCGGUAAUCCACUCCAUUGAAGCGGGAUCGAGAACAGAUACCGAGAACAGCAGCUUGGAGCCUACUGAAGCUCUCAAGGUUUUCUUUGAUCGGGUCCCUUUGUUCUCCAUCCCAGGGAUUGAUAACGAUAGAGUGGUGGAGCUUGAAGCCAGUGACACGAUGGUUUCGGCGAUCACAUACCUGUACAAAAACAAGCUUUUAGGCGCACCUGUGCGAGACGAUCGACUGCCAGUAAAUUCACCACUGGCUGAUAAAUACAUUGGACUCGUGGAUUUUUCAGGGAUGGUGCUUUGGGCUCUUCAGGAGCUAGAGGUCGAGGAGAGACAAGCAGAGGUGGCAGGAUUAGUGAUCACUCAACGAACCAAAACUGCGUCACAGGCCAAGGACAAGGAAUUUAGUGAAAAGGAUGAAGGUGGAAUGGGAGCGAAAUUUGUGCAGUCCGGAUUUCUUGACUUGAUUCAACAGCUCGAUGCUGUCAAAUCUGCAAAGUUGGGAACUCUAGCACAGUCGUUUCGCUGGGGGCCAUUUCUACCGGUUAAGCACGAUGAUACACUCUUGCACGUAUUGCUGCUACUGUCUAGACACAGGCUUAAAGCUGUCCCGGUGAUCGAUAGUCAAGAUCGAUUAGUAAGAGGCUUCGUCACCCAGAACGCUGCAGUACAGCUGCUUCUUCAAUGUAGUGGACUCACUUGGUUUGAUACUAUAGCGAAUAAGCCUCUCACGGAGCUACGAGCACAACUAGGACUUGGAGCAUCAGAGGUUGUCUGCGUUAAUCACGACGACGUGAUUCUAGACGCAAUGACAACAAUGUGGAAGUUCAGGAUAAGUAGCGUCCCUGUUGUGGAGAGAGAGAGCAGGCGUCUCAUUGGAAAUGUUCGAGGCACGGAUGUGCUGCUCAUGAUCGAAAAACCCGAGCUCUUUCAUCAAAGAAGAACGCUCACGGUGGAGAAGUACAUGGAGGUGGAAGCAGAAUGGAACCAGAGUGACGUGCUCAGCAACGAUGUACCUUUGCAAGAAGAGAUCGGCGCAUCGAUAUGUGCGGGAACACUGAGCCUGGGGACCAUAGCUCUUCCAAGAAUGCUGGAUCCUGUCAAGUCUAAGGCCGGGGACACGCUCAAACAGACCAUGGAGAAGCUUGUCCAUGCCAGGAGCGAUAGGAGUUUCGUGGUGGAUGACAAGCUUUGCAUCGUGGGAGUCAUCACGCUCAGGGACAUCAUCAACCAGUUUGCUCCUCCGCUUGUGGAACCUCCCACGCAGUGGAGUGGCUUCUUCGAGAGUGCUUUGCAGCUCACGGGAUCUUCGCUUGAAAGUCCCGAAGAAUCAACACCAUACUGGAGCUGAAAGAGCAGUGAGAAACAAUUGAUAUACAGAAAAAAUCCAGCUUCCAUUCACCUCAUGUUUAUGGCCGCGUCGAGAAAUAAUCAAAGAAUGAACCAAUAGUA